AUGGCGUUGUUUGGAGACAAGAACAGCUUUCUCCCGCUGAAGGUCCUCUAUCUCGUGAAUCAGAACUCCGCUGUUAACGAUUUUUCGAAAGAGUUGCAGGACGCGAUGGUGAAAAUGGGAAAACACAACCAUAUCAUCCGUCUCCACGGCUAUUCCAGUGAAAUCGACGACUGGAAGAGCCGAAUUAUUGACGAUAAGCGGCCCGACAUUUUCGAUGAGGGCAAUGCCAGACGUGCUUGCAUAAGUGUCGAGGACGAGUUUUUGGUCCAACAUCAACUGGCCAAUAUCGCAGUCUCAGUAAACAAUGCAGCAAAGGCGUCUAAGAAGCCAAGAAUGGAAAUCCUGAGCCUCAGCCAGGCUGUAUGGAGGUACUAUUCUGACCAUGUCGAUCAAUACCCCGACCUCACAGCUGCUCUGACCGAAAAGCGCGAUCUUGAAGAGCUCAAGGACAAGAUCCAAAACUUGUACACAGAUUUUCUGCAACAGUUUGGUGGAGUCGUCACCAGCACCCCGUACACCGGCUGUCUCUCUAAGUUCGUCCGCAAUUUCAAGGCAGACAUCUGCUUGGUCGAUGAAGCCGCGAGAAUCAACGAUCUAGAGCUUCUCCAAAUUCUGAGAAAGCAUGAUCCAGAGUUGACAGUUGUGGUUGGGGACCCUUGCCAAAUAGGCCCGUGGAGACCGCUGAGUAACAAGGAAAACACCAUCCAGCCAUAUGCUGAGUAUGUUUCCCGUUCUACCCUCGAGCGUGCAAUCAGUUACGGCGGCAUUGUCAAGGCUUCUUUGACCUUGAACCAUCGCGGACUUGGCGGAUUGGUUCGGCUGCCCUCAAGCAUCAUCUACCAUGAUACGAUGCAGGCGUAUUCGCGAGGCCCCGCGUUGUGUCCAGCAGAGAUCGAUGCAUACGCCGAGUUUCUGCGUGGAAUCUGUCCAGGCCUUGACAAGAGCAGUCAGCGCAUUAUCGUUGAAUUGCCAAACUCAGCCGCCAAGAGAUUGGGAACCUCGACAAUUAACAUGGAUCAUGUUCGAUACGUCUCUGACUUGGUUGUUAAUGCCUCUAAGAACCCGUCUCUGAAGGGGCUGGACGGAAAGCCAAAGUUGAUCAUGGUCUGCUCGUUUUACCUCCAACAGGCCAAGGAGUAUGAACUAGAAUUGGCUCGACAAGUGCAGCUUGGAAAUCUCAGCGCCGAUGGACACAAAAACAUUUUAGUCCGUACGGUUGACGGCUCCCAGGGUCUUUCGGCAGAUCUUGUCGUC